AUGGACGCUCAUACGUAUGUCGACGAGCCAUGGCCGGUCACUUCGAGAAGGGCGUCGAUUAUUGUUCCCGAGGUGGUGCAGGAUCAAGGGAGUUCAAGUGUCUCACAAGACACCACUGCCCAAGACACCAUCUCAACUGAAAAUAUGCAAUACCCUGCCCACAACCAAGAAGCUGGAGAUAAGCACGGUUCGUAUUUGGAUUGGUUGAUAGAAGAAAAUAGCAAAGCUCUACGCGAUCCCGCGUAUUCGACCAAGAGGCUGAGAGACGAAGACGAAGACGACAUCAACCCCAGGCUCAGUAAACUGUCGCAGUGGUCCAAAGUCAUGCAAGGCCUCACAUCCGACGAGGCCAUCCUGUCUUCUCGCUUUGUCGAGCUCUGCAGACUGCGCUCUGUCAGCGCAGAACUCGACAAGGGAGACACGCUUGUCUUCAUCGACUACCCAGAGAUCAAACGUCGCUACUCGGAGCAAACUGAUUGCUAUGGCAUCAGAUAUUCGUCUCAGAAAUUUCGUGUGCACUCGGAAAAGCUGCUCGCAACUGGAUCUGCCAAGUUCGCCGAGAUGCUGAAUCCUACAUAUCAAUUUCGCAUCCAAAGACGGAAGAAGCUUACAAAGAGCCUCCCAGAGGGCAUCAAGUACGUCCUCGAUCUGACACCGCCUUCUGAAGGAGAUGAUCUUGUAUUCCAAAUGACUCAGCUGUCGCUCACGCCUGGCAUCAUCAAAUGGUGGGCCGCCAGUGACCUUCACAAAGUGACCAGCUGGCUGGUUACCGGACAUGAUGACAUAUGUUCAUGCGGCCAGCGACCGAUUCCAGGAUGGGGUGUUCCAAAGGACGAGGGAAAAGGAAAAGCCCCGGCUCAGAAUGUGUCCGAUGAGCCAAUAUCAAACAACGACAGUAACAACAAUAACAAUAGUACCAACAACGACAACGGCAAGGACAAUGACAGCACCAGCAGUGAGAAAGUAAUUCCGCCCACGUCGCAUGAUUUGAUUUCCAAAAAGAUGCAUGGCAUCAACCGACCGUAUGAGACGCCAAAGUAUCGCGACAUCCCCGACUAUUGUCCCACACGCCACCGCAAUAAUAUUAUCCGUCUUCUCAUGAUGAUUGAGGGACACGAUGUCAUGCUAGAUUCGGCAAACCGUGUCUGGACACUUGUCGGCCUGGCAAAGAUAUUUGAUUGCCCGUCUGUUGUGAGAGAUCCCGUCACCCAGUGGAUCAUGUACAACGAAAACACAAGAUUCAUCGAAGUGCUGCCAGAAGAGGCAUUGCAGAUAGGAUUUGCUCUGGAGCUCGCACAAGUCACACAAUGCGCUUUUCGAAUUCUUGUCAAUGAGUUGGCCCUCAAGGAGGCCAGCACCAGUUCCAGCCGCGACCUGAAUCGGGUCACCAUCUUUGGAAGAAGGCUCGGCAACUUGGAUGACGAGCUGCAUAACAUCGUUCAGCACGCUGCUCGGGCCCUCGUCGAAAGGGUAUCCAUUAUUCCUGAUGCGUUCAAGAGCGAGUUUAGCCUCGACUGCUGGAUGAUUGAAGAAUGGAUCAAUCUCCGGAAAAUGGAAAGCGCUCUCGCUGAAGAAACCACUGCAAGCUGCGUGGUGGCGUUGGAGUCUCUCCGUGUCUUGAUGACGGGAAUCCAAAAUAGCAUUAAAAACUCGUUUGAGAGGCUUAUAGUGGGUGAUGAGAACUCACUCUCUGCAUUCAUCUCCAUGGAUGAAGAUCGAGCCACCUAUGUCCUACCUGAAGAUUUUGAGUCUCUCCAGGACAUUGAACAAAGUUUGAACUUGACUCAAAGGCUUCUUUGCCCCUUCAUCUAUCGGCAACUGGGCGACAUUUGGAACAUUAAUGUGCACGAAUCCCAAUGGCUGUCUGAGGCAACUUCAGGCUUAUCCGGACCACUCAUGGCUCGGGCACGGAAUGGCGUCGAACAAGUACUCUAUUCAAAGCCAUUCAAGGCGAGUAUGCCAAGCUGGUGGGUAUUUCUGGAUCAUGUAGGAGAACCUCUCAGCGUUAAGAACCCGCUGGUCGACCUAUCCGCUCUCAAUAGGCAAAUUCAUGCUGCCAUCUUGCCGUAUAGCAGCUCAUGGGUGCGAUUCGACAUCGAGCCGUCCCUCAAUAUCACCCGCCACAUGCUUCUCACGCUCGAUAAUAACGAGAUGAAAUUCUUGCCCCUCUGGGCCGGCGGCUGUGAUGAUGGCACAGGAGGCGUCUUCGAGGCUGAGCUUCCCCCUGCUAGCUGGGGUCCCAAUGGCCCUGGGCCUGCGUACCACACCGGCAAUACAAUCCCAUCUACGUCGUCGAGCGUCUCCGGCUCGUUGGCUCAUGAAUUCUCCACGAUGAAAUUUAAGGGCAGCACCGUCGUUGGAUCAUUGGAUGCCCAAGACAGCAUCUCAACGGUAUACGCCCCCGGCCAUGUCAUUGCCGACAAUGUCUCGAUUGCGUCUGAAUCCUUCGAUGCGGAUGAGCCCGAUAACUAUCAAGAAGCCAGGUUUGUGAUUCCGGCAGACCACCAGGACACUGGCCGCGCAGUGGAUAUGAUGGUCGAGUCUCUGCAUUCGGACACGGAUACGGCAUCUGUCGUGACGGAUAUGGCUGCUACUGUGAGCAAUAAUGAUAGUAGCGGCGAUGAGUACGUUAUGAAUAUUGAUGAUCCCGCGACACAAGUGAUUGCUCAGAGCGACGAGAGUGAUGCUGAGAGUGAUGCUACAUUGGAAGCGUGGGAAAACAUAUGGCCUUGA